GUGCUGCAUACCCUGCCCGGCGGCGGCGCCAUGCGCUAUGUCGGCGGGUAUCAAGUCAGGGUUGCGGGACGGGAAGCCCAUCGAUGGGAAGCAGGAACAUCCCUGCCCCUGUCGAACUUGCUGCUGCGGGAAACCACCUAUUGUGAAACCGUGCUACAAGCAGCCUCGCAUCCCCGACUCGUAUGCCCCGCGUCGGUGCUACAUGCGGCCGACGGCCCCGGUGGAGUCGUGUACCACGUACAAGCUGUCUUACCUGCCGGUGGACGGGUGUCGCAACUUGCGUGGAGAGGCAAGGAAACCACCUCCAAACCUCGUGCCCAGCUGCGAGCCUAUGGAAGGAUGUACUGUACAAAAGUUAUCAUACCUCCCGAACCCGACGUGCAUAACGCAGCCGAUCAGGCCAUGUAACCACGACAUGUGGGGACAAGGCCCGAUGCAGAACAUCACCACGCAGCGACACGACUACGUACCGAAACCCUGCGUGUUACGGGAGAGCUUCAAACCUGCACCCAAGUUCCACUGCGUCGAACAGCCUUUUGAGAAUCGCACUAUAAAUAAGCUGUCGUACUUACCCCCGGAGAGGAUCGAGCUGACUAAGUCUUUCGCCCCGGAGAGAUGUUACGAGCGUCCAGCAGCCAAGAUGGAAGGUACCACUACACAGAGGAUGAGCUAUAUGCCCAAUCAGAUUCUCCCAAAAGAACCGCUACCAUGGGCCUGCAAGGGACAAUAUCAGAAGCCAUGUCAAAAGUUGGACAGUAAUACCACCUAUGGUAUGAGUUACUUGGACGCAGCAAGUGACUGCCGGCGACGUGCCAUCAUCCCUGAUAGCUGCAUCAACCCUGUCACCUCGUCCAAGAAUUUUGAAACUCAGACCAUUUAUAAAAACAGCUACCUCCCAACCAAGUGUCCCAUACCGCAGCCCAUAAAACCGCUGUCGAACCUGGUACCCUCCACUGCACAGAUGGAAGGAGAUACUGUACAGAAGCUCUCAUACCUCCCGAAUCCGACGUGCAUAACGCAGCCGAUCAGGCCAUGUAACCACGACAUGUGGGGACAAGGCCCGAUGCAGAACAUCACCACGCAGCGACACGACUACGUACCGAAACCCUGCGCCAUCAGAGAAUCCUGCAAGCCAGAGCAUAAGUUCCACUGCGUUGAACAACCAUUUGAGAACCGAACUGUCAACCGCAUGUCAUUCCUUGACCCCGGCCGGUGCGCGAUACCCACGUCGUAUGCUCCACUCAAAUGCUACGAGAAACCAGCAGCUAAAAUGGAGUCGACGACGACUCAGAAGAUGUCGUACCAGCCGGUGUGCGUGCCGCAGCCGCAGCGGCCGCCGUGGGCGUGCAAGGGACAGUACCAGAAACCAUGCCAAAAGUUGGAAGGCACAACUAUUUACCGGUCAUCGUUCCUGCCGCCCGGCGAGGACUGCACGGAAUACAUGGAUCCUUGCAAGUAUGGAGAUUGCAAACCUUGCGACUGCAUAUGUCCCGCGGAGUGUAUAACAACCGAUCCAUGCGCGUGUAACUUCCCUAAAGCCGCGUGCUGCUCGUAA